UACUAGGCCGCGCCGGCGCGCCGUGCACCAGAACUGUAAAUCUGGGAGGGUAUUGAGAUUUAACUUCCGGCACACGGUACGGAGGCGAAAAUGAGGGGAAAACAACGCGUUCCCGGGGAGAUUUGCGCCGAUUGUGGAACACCAGAUCCAGGGUGGGCGUCUUUAAAUCGAGGGGUGCUGGUGUGCGAUGAGUGUUGCUGUGUGCAUCGUAGUCUUGGUCGCCACAUCUCUCAGGUCCGGGCGCUGAACCAUGGACCACCCUGGCCUAGAAGUCUCAGAGAGAUGGUCUAUGCACUUGUCACCAACGGAGCCAAUUCGAUCUGGGAACAUUCACUCCUGGACCCAUCGCAAGUCCGCAGCGGCAAGCGCAAACCUUCCCCCAAGGAUCCCAUACAUGCAAGGAACUGUGAUAUGGAAUCGGGAGAUAACUGGAGCCUCCUUCACAGCAUUACCAAACGCCGAUCGUUGACAAGGAACGUCGACUUCAAUGCAAGUCCUUCCAAGUCAGAGUUCAUUCGUGCCAAGUACCAGCGACUGGAUUUUGUACUCCGACUCAAAGAAGAAGACGGUUCCAGUGUCAAGGACCUUAGUCAACAACUCCACUCCAGCGUUCGGACAGGCAACUUGGAGACUUGUCUGCGCCUGCUGUCCCUCGGCGCGCAGGCUAACUUCUACCACGUGGAGAAAGGCAACACGCCGCUCCAUGUCGCCAGUUACUCUGGCCAGAGCUUACAGUGUGAGCUCCUCAUGGCUUACGGGGCUGACCCAGGGGCAAUGGACAUCAAUGGGCUUACGCCAGCCGACUUAGCUAGAGAGGAGGGUCACUUAGAAUUGGCGGAGCGCCUAGUUCAGUGCCAGUACGAGCUGACCGACAGACUGACCUUCUUUGUUUGCAGUAAGAGACCAGAUCAUCUUGCCGGCCAGCAUUUCUUGAUCCCUGAGAUGGCGGAUAGUUCCCUGGAUCGUUCCGAGGCUGCCGAACAGGCCAGGAAGAAACUGCAAGCCCUGAGUAAUCACUUGUUUGAGGAACUGGCCAUGGAUGUGUACGAUGAAGUCGACAGGCGGGAACUGGAUGCGAUUUGGUCGUCGCUUCAGAAACCCAAUUUUAUUGGUGCCGACAGGACAGUUCUGUUCCUGCCGCUCAACCCGGAGCUUUCCUCAACAAGAAAUCAGGGUCGUCAGAAACUAGCUCGGUUCAGUGCCCGGGAGUUUGCUACACUGAUCAUUGACAUACUAAAGGAGGCCAAAAGAAGACAGCAGGGUACCCUGUCUCUUACAAGGCCCUCAGUGGAUAAAGAGACUGUUGAAGUCCACAGGGCUCCCCCACCUCCCAUCCAUGAGAAACCCACCCUGGACAAUCAAAACGUCUUUGACGACAACGAGCCCCUCUACGACAGCGUGGCAUCGGACGAGGAUUGCGGGGACCUGUCGGAGGGGAGCCGCAAAUCGGACCAGAGAGGCCUUCUCAAAGAGGCCCUCAAACCACGGGGAGGCAGCUCGGAUAAUUCUGAUGAGCCAAUCACGCUCAAGGAGUACCUGCAAGUCAAGAAGCAGUUGGUGUCUGCCGAGGCGAAGGUUUCACAGCUCCUGGCGAUGAACAAAGAGCUUAACCAAGACGUGCACAUGUUGCAGUCAAUGGUGGACAAGUUGAAAGAGGAGAACGAACAGCUGCGCGCCAUCCAACGUCGCAUGGACUUCCCCCAGAAGACCCACGACCUGGAGAGCUUCCAGGCCGAGUCGGCUGGGAACAUCAACCGCUCGUCCCGGGGCUCAGGUCGACCCAUGUCCAUGAUCGAGUCACGCUCCCACCAGAGGCCGUUUGGCAUGUCAUUGGACAGCAAACCCCUCACCGCGACCCAGGAGAAACUAACGGAGGGGAAGAGUAGGGUGGCCAACAUUAAUUUGCCGCCAAUAUCAGACGAUGCCGAUUUGACAGUGGCAAGCAGGAAGGAAGACAGACCAGUUAGUCAGACGGACAGCGAUUAUGAUAAUGCCCAGGCUCAACCCACCGAAACAAGGUCAGUCAGCUCAAGCCAGCCAGACACGGCCAAUGCCCCGGGAUCCCCGCCUGUUUCGAGCUCCCCAACGGCUGAGCUGUCCCCCCGCAGCGGAGAGGGUGGGGACGGGGCAUCGGACAAACCCCCCACCCAGGAGGAUGUGGUGUCGGCCACGGACAAGAUCACCAAGCGGAUUCAGACUCUGCUGGGUGUGGCCACGGAGGGCAAAGUUGAAAGUUUUGCGCCCUGCUCAGAUCAGAUACGGUCAGCUGUGAACGAGAUGGCCAAUCUGUUUCCAGAGAAGCACCGCACCGAGUCCGUCAAGACCCCUCUGCGUGUCCUGGUCUCCAGCGCUGCGCGCCUCCACACGGAGUGCAAGAAUGCUGUGCCCUCCGACCCCAGUGUGACCCCCGACCUCCAGCGCCUGACCCAGGAGAUCAUCGCGAGGGCCUAUGACAUUGCUAAGUCGGCCAAACAGCUGGUAACCUGCUUCCAGUGACCCAGACAGCUGAUGUCGGGCCAUAUCCACACAGCUCUAAGUUCCAAAUUGCUCCGCACUGUGCAAAAAUCUGUGCAUAGUAGAAAGACCUGUCAUGCAAAUAAUAUUGUGUCAGGUUCUUAGGCAAUUUUUGCCAAGCCAAAAAUUUGGCUUUAUGGCACUGUUUUCUGCAUAUUAAGGCUCAGUGGAAUUGGGCCAAUGGAAUGUUGCUCAGACCAGUUCUCCUGUAGGAUAUUUUUAGGGACACCCUGGGAGUUUGGGGAAGUUUGUAUUUGUGAUUGUUUUUGUGAAAGCGGUUACGUGAUGUGAAAUCAGUGUAAAAAUUUAUCUUUUGUAAUACUUUUGACUCGAUAUUUUCAAUAAUUUCAAUUAGCAGGAUACUCACGCUAAAUUUGUUUUGUUGAGUGUGGCAAGGGAUAUCCAAUUUGUUCAUUGGUGAAUAUUGUAGCAGUGUAAUACUCCUUGUUGUAGCAAAAAGUAACACUGCAUUUUAGCUUUGCUACUUCCAUGCCACACAGAUAUUGCUAUACAUGUACCUGCUACAACAACUGAUUUGAUUGGACACCUUGUUGUCAGGUGACCGAAACAGCUGAGGUCAUUGGUUGAUGGCUGCAGCUUUUCAUUUAGUUUGUUAUGAGGCUGAUGUUUGUACUUCCAACUGACAAUAGGCCGUGAGCGAACUACUUGGCUGCGGCUAGAGAUGAUGCACGAGUCUGUGGUGGUGGCUGUAGCCGGUGCCCAUAGAGUCAUGUGAGAUUUCAAGCUGCGGCCAAGUGAUUCAUACACAGCCAUGUAUGAGCUGGCCGCUUUGAAGGACUUACAAAAUUUUACAAAUUGUACAUAGUACUUUCUGCCAAAGAAUGCAUGUUUUAAAAGGUUCACACAAAGACUAGCUACGAAGACUAGUUCAUCUGAAAUGCAUUUAGAAAUGAUUGUUUAGUACAGCUUUUGGUAUUAAAAUCAACUGUAAAAAGAUUUUUUUUUCAAUUGAGGAUCCCACCUAAAAUAAUGGUAGUUUAGUUACAGAGCGUUAAUAUUUAAUCUGUACAUGCACUGGGUAUGCAUAUUGGCUGCGCAAACUUUUCAAGAACCGAUCUUAACCAGAUCAGAAGCUAUUUCUUACACAUCUUGAGCAGUGAAAUGUUUUCUGCAUCAACAGUACAGGUGUGCUUUGGAUUUCUGAUGUGUGUCUUUCCCCUUUGCUCUGGAUGACUGCCACUACCACACCUUUGUGUGGGCAUUAGUGCAUACCACACAUACAGUCUAUUCACCAUGCAGCUGCUGGUUCAAUGGGGUCUGCUGCUGGACAGAGCCCCCCAUUCAUGGCAUGCCACAGCCCAGCAGUCGCGGUCAAAAUAAUCCUGCCGUGAAGGGGUUAAGCCGUUGUCAAGUGUUCAUGUCGAAUGAAAUGCCAACAUCUCACCUGCAUUCAUAUUUGAGCUGCUUUGUAAGCCAUGCAUGCUGAGGAAAAUCCGAGUUGGGUAUGGAAAAGUUCAAACACUUAACUGGCUGGACCACCUGACCCAUAUUAUAUCGAGAGUUUGCAUGGCUGCCAUCUUGCAGGCCAGUGCUUUUGUUCCACAGAGUAUGCACAAAGGAGACAUCCCUGUGAAACAUCAGAACUGCAUUGCAAGAUGGCUACCAUGCAAAGCCUCUGUUAAACGCAACCUCGUACGAAAGCCUUGAUUUGUUCUGGGCACAUCAAAUAUCCAUUGAACACACAGUUCGGCCUUUUACAAACAAAUGUUCAUUACAGACAACAAACAGGGCCAAUAACACAAGCAGUGUUUCCCCACGGUUAAGAAUUUCUGCAAACUGUUUAACAUCCAAAAAACGUUUUACACAAGUACGUGAAUACAAGCUACUAUUAGAGUGAUACAGUACAGUACUUCAUGCUCUUAUGAAGUUGCUGUCCCCCCAGUGUAGUCAAAAAUAGAUGGAACAAAGUCUACGUACCAGGUUUGACAUAGAAAUGGACGCUGAUUUUUAUUUCAAAUCAGGAAUCCCACCGGUUUCAAUCCAGUUUUAACUGUCAUGUUGAUAACACUCAAAGAACAGGUUGCAGAGUGCUAAAGACAUGGCGAAAAUUAAAUCAGGGAAGUACAUUGAACGUGAUAGUAAUUUGACCAUAUUUUGCAUCAUAAAGAGCGCUGUUAUAGCAAUCCUGUAAUAUUAUAAGCAAAUGUUGAGGGUCCCGAUCUGUUGAAUUCUUUUCUUUUUGACUUGUCCAGUCCCUUUAUAACAAGGUUGUAGCCGUACCAAGGUAAAUAGGAUGGUUCCAGCAACCUGUGUUGUAGAUGUAGUCGACUGUACAUAUAUCCAUAUUAAAUAGUGGUCAUUUCUGUCAUUUAGAUGAUUUCUGCUAUGUAGUAAUGAAAUUUAGUAGAAAUGAUAUUCAAAUAUCCAAACUGUAUUUUGUUGUGGAAAUCACUUUAUUGCUUACCUACACAUGAAUCAAUUUCCAUUAGAUGGACAAAUGACGAUACAGGAAUUUAAAUACAAAUAUUUGCUGCAGAAGUAGAAACUAGAGGUUUAACUUUUUUUGACACAAGUAUUAAGUACAUUUCAAACGUUACUUUUCCAAUUUGCCAUUUCUUCCAUAUUUAUUGUAAACACGGUUUUCUUCUGCAUGCCACUAGCAUUACAGCACUUAUCAAGUAAAAUAAAUUUGAUAUGUCAUUGGCAAAGUUA